UGAUUAGAAUAAAAUACACAAAAAUUAUAAAUACGAAGUCGGUCUUUGCUACAAUAAAUUUUAAUAAAAAUUGUAUUUCAGAAUAAUGUAAUUCUUAUACGAGUUAACACACGUGUAUAAUAACAAGUGGCUAUAAAUGACUCUUAAUUGCUUACCUCGAUUUAUUGCUAUAGUAUAUUCAUUUUAUCACUUUAGUGUUGUGUUUUGAUAAGGACACGUCAACCCAUUAAAAUUUUAGAAAUAUGGAAAUUUUAAGAUUGUUUUUUUUAUUCUUUUGCAUAAUAAUAGCUAGUGCAGAGUUAGUGGGUCCUGAGGCCGGUAAAAAAGUGAAAAAUGACGAAGAAACUACAGAACCACCGGACACUGACGAACCUGAGGACUAUAGUGAAAUAACUUCAGCUAUGAGAAAAGAGAUCAAAAUGCUUCAAGAAUACGCUGAUGCUAUGAGAAAAUCCAAAGAAUUACUGAAAGACGAAGAUCCGAAAGAACCAAAUGAAAAGGAUAACAUGGAGCAAAUGGAAUAUACAUUUAAGCUGAUUAAGAACAGUCUUCUGCGACAGACUGAACCAAGCUGGGUGGAAGCAGCCAAAGGAAUGAUUGACUCCUUAGACACUGAAGUUGGGAGACCAGAAGAAAAUCCUCAGGAUUAUCUUGAUAGCCUACCCCCACUACCAAAAGAAGAAGAAGUUGAACUUUCACCUGAAAUGCAAGAAGCAAAAGAGCUUUUCGACACAGCAGUGAAAAAGAUAGAUAAAAGAUCACCAGAUCUACGUGGGGCUAUCUUGCAAGUGAAACAAGCGGCUGACAGAGGAUAUGCACCUGCCAAAAUAAAGUUGGCCUGGUCAUACAUUUUUGGUGAAGGCAUGGAACUUGACGUUGAGAAGGCAAAGAAUAUAUUCUCAGAACUUGCUGAAGAGGGCAAUGCCGAUGCACAUGCUGGUCUUGGGUUCCUACAUGCAACUGGUGUGGGAGUACCAGUGUCUCAAGCGAAGGCCUUAGUCCACUAUACUAUAGGCGCUAUAGGAGAAAGUGAUUAUGCACAGAUGGCCCUUGCAUACAGACAUUGGGUAGGCGUAACAGUGCCAAGUUCUUGUCCAAAAGCUAUGGAGCUAUAUAUGAAAGUUGCAAGUAAAGUGGCCAGCCAAGUGACAUUUAGCGGUGGUCCCGCGAUUCAAAGAACCCGUUUGAUUGACGAAGCUGAGGGAACUGGACCAACUGCUGCCCUUGAUACAGAUCUUAUUGAAUACUACCAGUUGUUGGCUGAGAAAGGAGAUGUUCAAGCCCAGGUCGGUCUAGGUCAAUUACAUUUCCAAGGCGGUCGCGGUGUGACCCUGGACAUACAAAAAGCUUUACACUAUUUCAAACAAGCCGCUAAAACUGGGAACGCUAUGGCCAAUGCGUAUCUUGGAAAGAUUUAUUUAGAAGGAGGCGACGGAAUUAAGCCAAACAACGAAACGGCGCUGCAUUAUUUCAGAAAAGCAGCUGAAUUGAACAAUCCAAUUGGUCAGAGUGGUCUGGGAUUGAUGUAUUUACAGGGUCGCGGCGUGCCAAAAGACGCCAAUAUAGCGUACAAAUACUUCACAAUGUCCGCGAAUCAGGGAUGGAUGGAAGGACAGUUGCACCUUGGUUUCCUGUAUUUAAGUGGAACAGGUGUCCGUCGUGACUUCAAACAGGCGAACAAAUACUUCUCUCUUGCGUCGCAGUCGGGUCAUGUGCUGGCCUUGUACCAUUUGGCACAAUUGCAUGCGCAAGGGUUGGGUGUGAUGCGUUCCUGUACUACCGCUACAGAGUUAUUUAAAAACGUAUGCGAACGUGGUCCGUGGUCGUCCCGAUUAAUGUUAGGACACGCGGCUUGGCGAGCGAGGGACACGGAUUCAGCGUUGUUGCAGUACUUGGCUCUUGCUGAACGUGGUUUUGAGAUCGCCCAGAGUAAUGCUGCUUAUUUGUUGGAUGAUGGUGAAGUCCAACUAUUCCCAGAAGAAGAAAGAUGGCGUCGGGCUUUACAGCUUUGGUCCCGUGGAGCAUCCCAAGGCUGUGCCUCCGCACGUGUCAAGCUGGGAGAUUACCACUAUUAUGGGCUGGGAACCAACGUGGACUUAGAGGCAGCUGCUUAUCAUUACAGGAUAGCUUCAGAACAGCUCCACAACCCUCAAGCGACCUUCAACCUAGGCUACAUGCACGAGCGAGGCUUAGGCUUAGCUCGCGACAUCCACCUGGCCAAGAGGUGCUACGACCUGGCGGCUGAUGCUGCUCCGGAGGCAAGACUGCCGGCUGCCUUGGCACUGGCUCGGCUUACAGCUGUUACGACGCUGUCCUCGUUGAUGGAUUCCAUAUUGCAGAGUCCGCUAGCGAUGAUAUUCCUCUCUGGUGAAUCUACUCUUCUUUCGAAUUGGGACGUCUACCUCAUUGCGAUAUUAGCGGCUGCCCUUGGCUUAGUGCUUUACCUCAGGAGACCGCAACCGACUAACUGAUUACGACCCGUUGUUAUUGGAACGUACAUUCUUGUCACUAAGUGACUGGUAAUAGUAAAAUCAUAUUUGUUUUCUUUUUAAAAAAGAGUUUUUCAUUGUGAUAAAGUUAACUAGAAACAUUUAAAUAAAUUCAAUUUUAAAUGAAAUAGAGAUAUCCCUUUAUAAAACUAAAUUAGCCAAUUUCUGUUUAAAAAACCGUCUCUUUCUUCCCGUAAACAAGAGAGACAGAAAGAGUUCAAUGCAUACUUGUAAUAAGACUGAAUUUAGUUUUAUAAAUGGUACUGAAAAUAAGAUGUCAUUUUAAUUAAAUAAAUAUCACAAUUGAGUUAAAUAUCUCCUGGUUCAAGUUAUUCAUAGACAAAACAAAAACUCAUAUAGAGUGAGUCUAUGGAUGCUCCGAUAAAAGAACCAAAUGAAACUUGUUAAAAUUUAAUGUCAUUUGACAGUCCUAGGAAGUGAUUGUGAACUGAGAUUCGUUCGGAAUAUCUUUUUAGAAGGGUACCCGCACUAAAAUGGAGGGUAGUUUCAAAUGUGUGAAUCUACAUGUAAUAAAACUGUUAAAUAUAAGAAAGUGCUGUGAAAUCAUAUUAAUUCAUGAAACCAUUAUGCUUGUUUCCUUUUCAUUAACAAUAAUUGUAUUUUCAUGUUUUGUUGAGUGAGCACUAACUUAUAUAUAUAUUUCUAAAUUAUUGAUACUUAAACUAAAGUACUGUUGUCUCUUUCCGUCAAAUUGUAUUUAAGCUGUACUGAAAGGAGACAGAAUACU